GCAGAUCAUAUGAUCAGCCUUCUGUCUCUUGGGGAGUCAACCCAAAUUUUACCUUUUACAAACAUUGGUGUUUUCAACAUAGUUUAAAAUGUCUGUGAAACCAGUGUCCGCCGUUUCAAUGAAGGACAUGCUGAGGGAUAUGCCUGAUGAAAAGAUUGACAUGUUGGCUGCAACCAGCGUGUUACAGCAAAAAGCUACGGAGAUCAGAGGCCAACGUGUCAACUGGCAAUCAUAUCUCCAGUCUCAGAUGAUAACACAAGAAGACUUCUCAUUCAUCACAUCAUUUGAUAAUGCAGAUGCUGCUGGACGUGAAAGCCUGUUGAAGGAUAAACGUACGCAGUGCGCUAAAACCUUUCUCAAUCUGCUGGAACAUGUGUCUAAGGAUCAGACCAUCCAGUACGUACUGGUCAUGAUCGAUGAUAUGCUACAGGAGGAUCGUACCCGGGUGGAGAUUUUCCGAGAGUACUCAAUACGGAAGCGAGAGCCGAUCUGCGGUCAGUUCCUGAACUUGCUGAACGGCUCUGAUGGUUUCAUCAUUAACAUGACAGCGCGUAUCAUCGCUAAAGUGGCAUGCUGGGGUUCGGAGCUCAUGGAGCAGAAGGAUCUCCAGUUUUACCUCACCUGGCUCAAGGAUCAGUUGACUAUCAACUUCAAGGGUCUCGUCCAGUCACGGGAGAGUGGUGUCGAAACUCCUGAUCCCCACGCAGCGUUUGAUCCGGUUGUCGCAGAAAUUAAAAGACAGGAGGCUUUGAACAACGAAUACAUGCAGUCAGUGGCAAGAUGUCUGCAGAUGAUGCUCAGGAUCGAUCAGUACAGAGCUGCGUUUAUCUCCGUUGACGGUAUCUCCACGUUACUCAGCGUACUCUCAGGUCGCGUCAACUUCCAGAUCCAGUACCAACUUAUAUUCUGCAUCUGGGUUCUCACCUUCAACCCUAAACUGGCAGAGAGGAUGAACAAAUUCAAUGUUAUUCCCAUCUUGGCAGAUAUACUGAGUGACUGUGUAAAAGAAAAGGUGACUCGAAUCAUUCUUGCCGUCUUCAGGAAUCUGAUUGAAAAACCUGAAGACAGUUCAGUAUCAAAGGAACAUUGCAUUGCUAUGGUUCAGAGCAAGGUUUUAAAACAACUGAGCAUUUUGGAACAGCGUAAAUUUGACGAUGAAGACAUUGUAGAAGACGUCAACUUCCUGAAUGAAAAGUUACAAGCAUCAGUCCAGGAUCUUAGUUCAUUUGACGAGUAUGCCACAGAGGUCAAGUCUGGCAGACUGGAAUGGAGUCCAGUUCAUCGUUCCGCUCAGUUCUGGAGAGAAAAUGCUCCUCGUCUCAACGAGAAAAAUUAUGAACUUCUAAGAAUUCUGAUCCACUUACUGGAAAACAACAGGGAUGCUUUGGUCCUCAGUGUGGCGUCUUUUGACAUCGGAGAGUAUGUCAGGCACUAUCCUCGAGGAAAACAUGUAAUUGAACAGUUGGGUGGCAAACAACUCGUGAUGCAGCUGCUGUCUCACGAGGAUCCCAACGUGCGCUACGAAGCCCUUCUCGCAGUCCAGAAGCUCAUGGUUCAUAACUGGGAAUAUCUUGGCCGACAGCUGGAGAAAGAGCAAAGUACCACGACCGGUGGCAAACCUGCCGUUGCUGGAAAGGCCUAGAAAUAGCUUUCGGGUAGAGUACUACAUGUCUUAGUGGUGGUUUUAUGUUCACACUGUACAUUCCAUUUCGUAUGUUUACAUUUUUGGAUGAGGUUUUUGCAUUGUCAAAGGUUGGUUACAUAAAUGUUUUCUUUGAUUUAAUGUCCAAUUAUUUUACACUAGUCAACUGAUUGUUAGCCGUAAACAUCUCUUAUACACAACAUGAUUGUUGUUUUUGAAAAGUUUUUGGGUUCGUCCAAUUUAAAAAUGAGUAUUCAAACGUAUAAAAUUUACUUAUAAUUCGCAAGAUCUAGCGGUAGCUGAGCUUAGCUAAGUGUAAAUAAAAUGUUAAUACAACUUAUAUUCAGUAUUGUUUAUAAAUUAUAUAAAAGUUUAUUGUAAAAUAUGAUUAUGUGAUUAAAUGUUACUUCUGUAAAUGUGA